CAGUUGGAUAGUGCUAAUGCGCGCAGUACAGAGCUCGGUUGAAGAAAAGACUACAAAUAUUGUCACAUGGUAAGAAAGCCCGGAAAUAAUUUGUCAAAUCCGGCGCAGAUAACACAAGUAGGGAAAUGUGGCGGGCGUAAGAACACACAACAGCUUGCAAUAGAUGUCCCUUUCAGUGUCGAUCGGAAGACGUUUGGGUUACGUAGCUCAAAUUCCUUUCUCUUGCUUCGAGCAAUGUAGGCUGAUGAAACGGAACAGACGACAAAAAAUUCGUACAACUGUACACAUUAUUCUACAUGGACAAAGACAAGUUCGCUGUGAGCCAUGACCCAGGCUCCUGGUUGGAGAUGCACCAGUUCAUUGGAGACCUGAUGGUCUCUGGGGGGGCUCUGGGGCUAAAAGACGCCCCACCAGCAGCCCCAGGCUCAGCCCAGCCCAGACAGGCCCAGGCAGAGAGCAUUAGAGAGGCCAGAGAUGGAGACGUCAGUGGACAAGCUCAGCACCAUACCUGCACUUGCCCUGGCUGCCCCUACUCUUCCUCCUCUUCCUCCUUCCAGACCAUAAAGCCCAGAGGCACUGUGUCCUCACAGCCCGAGCCCAGCAGCACCUACAGCCCAGAGCUCAGUCAGCCCCAGAGUCAGGACAAGGAGACCAGCACCCAGAGCCCCAGCUCAGCCCCUACCACUCACCCUAGCCAGGGUACUUCUUCACCAAGCCCCCUGCCCCAAAUCCCCACCUUCCCUUGUUUCUGCUGCCGGCGGGGCUUCCAGACCUGCACCCAGCUACUGCACCACCAUCAGGGGGCAGCAGACUUUCCAUUCUCCCAGACGCACACCCACUACCACCACCACUGCCCCCUUACCACCUGCCUGCCCCACCACCACUCCCACCCUGGCCUGGCCCCUGGCACCUUCCCCUGCCUGUCCUGCCAGCAUUCCUUCCCCUCCUGCUCCCAUCUCCUCCGCCACCAGCAGGUACACAAACCACCCCAGAACCAUGUUGGAGGGGUGACCACAGUGUCCCCCACCCUACACCCAUGCAUGCACUGUACAGCCUCCUUCCCCCGACCCUCUCAGCUGCUACAGCACCAGCGCACCCAGCAUGCUCACAAGGCCGGUGGCUUCCUGUGCACCGAGUGCGGGCGCGCCUUCAACUCCCACUCCAACCUCCGCAUCCACCUCAAUGUACACACCGGCGCCCGGCCCUACUCAUGCCCUGACUGCGGCAAGAGCUUCAGCCAGUCGGGAGCGUUGAAGAUCCACCGGCGCAUUCACACUGGGGAGAGACCCUAUGCCUGCGCCUACUGUGGGAGGGGCUUCCCCCACCUGGCCGGGGUCCGGGCCCACCAAAGGACCCACACAGGUGAGAAGCCCUACCGCUGCACCCAGUGUGGGAAGUGCUUCACCCAGUCGGGGGCACUGAAGAUCCACACAAGGAUCCACACCGGGGAACGGCCGUUUGUGUGCAGCCUCUGUGGGAAGGGCUUCUCCAAUCGCUCCGGCAUCCGCUUCCACCAGCGCACUGUCCAUGGGAUGGUGUCAGAUAUGGGAGGGGGUGGAGGAGCCGGUGGGUCCCAUAGAGGGAGACAGAGUCUAGACAGCUCAGCUGCUGUGGGAUGCCCCAGUGCCAAUCCAAACAGGUUACGCAACAACCCCCAUACUGACGUGAGCUCCAGCAUUACUCCUGCCCCGGCCAAAAUCCUUUCCCCUGGGUCUCUCCGUGCUCCUCCAGGGUCAGGUCUGACUGUAACCUCAGACAAAGAGCUCCAGUCUAGCGGUGUGAAGAUCCCCUCCAGAAGAGCAGAACCAGACAGUAGCAGGGAAGGGAGGGCUCAGCUGUACACCUGUGAGGACUGUGGGCUGCGUUUUGGGGACGCUCCCUCCAGAAACAGACACCAAACUCUGGUGCACUACUCUACAGAAGGGGUAGAGGAGGAUGACCUGGGGGACACUGAGGGGGAGGGGUGAGAGGGAGAGAUGGAAGCUUGAUGCAGUAGAUUGUUGGAUCAAAGGCUAAGGGAGAGGUGGGAACAUGGAGAGGUGAGAAGAGGCUGAAAGCUUGAAACUCAUCGAGGAGGAAAAUGUGUAAAGGCAUGUUGGUGAAGGGAGGUGAGAAGACAAAGUGAAAAAUUAAGUGUCUCUAUCAAUGGGAUCUAUGACAUAUUUCAGAUUGAAUUUCCACUUUAAAAGAUGGACUCCAGGCCUAAGGAAGUCUUUUGCGAUAGUGUUCACAUUUUGCGAGUCCAAUUUUCUCUUUCUCAAAAGCAAAAUUCCAUGAUUAGGCUACUAAAGAUGAUAUUUGAGAGCUUUGGAUUAUUUUGUAUUUAUUUUACUGGUUUGGCAAAAUCCACAGAUAACAUCUCUAAUGUAUGACACUGUAAGACAUUGUCCCAUAGGGCGGCGCACAAUUGGCCCAGCGUCGUCCGGGUUAGGGGAGGGUUUGGGCGGGGUAGGCCGUAAAUAAGAAUUUGUUCUUAAUUGACUUGCCUAGUUAAAUAAAGGUUAAAUAAUACAUAAAAAGUAAGUGCAGAAGUGAGGAUAUGUUGUGUUUAGCAUCAUUAUGUAAUAUAUAUUUUGUAAUGAUAGAAACUGAUAUUGUUUGUCUAUAGGCCCGUAUAUACUUGUGUAUAUCAGUUUAUCUAUUUUGCUCAUUGUGCCUUUGAUCUCAGAUUAGAUCAUUCUAGUACAUAAAAAUUUUUUUUUUUUGCAUAAACCACACUGUACUAAACUUCAUGACAACUGAUAUGUUAGUGGUUUAGUGAUUUUAUUGAGGAUCAACUGUUGGAAGAUGAGCUCUUAUACAAAGUAUUUUUUAAUCAGGAUCAUUUCUCAGAGACACAUGGUUUGUUGACCUGUUAUCUAUUGCUUCAGAUCUCCACCUAGUGGUCAUUUAGAAGCAUAGCAGCAGAAACACAGGCUCUGAAACUAGUCUGUCUCGGCUACAGGUGUCACUCAUUCCAUGGGGGUCCGAGUGUCUUCAGGUUUUAGCUGCUCCCUUGUCCUUGAUUUAUGAAUUGCUGUCACUAAUUAUUAAGGAACUCCCCACACAUGGUUGUCUUGGGCUUAAUUGAAAGGAAAAAACAAAAACCUGUAGACACUAGGCCCUCCAUGGAAUGAGUUUGACACCCCUUCUCUAGAUCAGUGGUUCCCAACCAGUGGUACUAGGACCCCUGGGGGUACUUGAGAAGACUCAUGAGACCAUAGGCCUACUGGUAAAAUGCACAUGAGGGGGUGCUUCAGCCGUGGAGGCUGCUGAGGGGAGGACGGCUCAUAAUAAUGGCCGGAAUGGAGUAAAUGGAAUGGAAUCAAACGCAUGAAAACCAUUUGUUUGAUGUAUUUGAUACCAUUCCACCGAUUCCGCUCCAGCCAUUAUGAGCGUAUCCUACCAAAUGAAGGUACCACCAACCUCCUGUGCUUCAGGAGUAGUCCGGACCGAGCACAAUUCAGUUGGUGGUCCAGUUACUGAAAAAGGUUAAGAACCAUUGAUCUAGAUAUCUGUGUUGCCUCCCACUAUUUUCAAAUGCUACUGUUGCCUAGGGUCUUUUUUUUCAGACACUGAAACUAUUGAAACUUCUGUUUGGCCAACUUCCCUUCUUUGGUAUUCUGUAGCCUCUAGAGCAGUGCAAAAGGCUGAUUGAGGACCUUUUUGCCGAAGAUUGUGUUGGUUUUCUAUGAUUGUGUGUUGAUGUGAAUAUUUGUGUAUAUUGAUGUAUAUAGUGUGUAGGUAUACAGACAUGACUCAUCUGUAAAAGAGAUGUCUCCCUGUCAAAAUACAUUUUAUAUAUCCAUCUGUUUUUCCACAUAGACCAGUUUACAGUAAAUGAUUGCCCUCAGUCAUUCAGGGUUGUUUAAAAACAUCAUCUAUAGGGCCUUUUGUAAUGAUAAUUUCACUCCAGCCUCUUUGACCCAAGAUGUGCUUCUAAAUGUCUCAGAUGUUUACUAACUGGUAUAAAAUGAUACUAAAACCACGGUCAGCUGGGAUUCCCAACAACAGGCAAGGCUUGUACAAUUAUCUGGGAGAUCUUAUAUCAGACAUAUAGCAUGACAAGCCACUAGUGAUGACACUACAGAAAUGCCAGAAUUGGUUUGCCAGAAACAGAAAAAAUGAAAAACGUAUGAGACGGGCGUUCUUGGGAGUUUGACUAAUCAAAAUGUGUCCAUGAAAAGGCUCUGUUUCAAGUGUGUUAACGGUUCCUCGAAACUCAACAGCAUUUCACAGUACCUUUUGGAAAGAGAUGAUUUUGUUAUAGGUUUUGCAAGUGUUUAUUUGGUCGCGCUAAAACGAUCUCAAGUGCUGCGUAAAAUCAGGCGACGCAGAACAGUCCACAUGGGUAAAAAACGGCACCCCAUGCGUAAAGAGCGUCCUUCCACUUGUCAUGAUAUGUAAUUAAGUGUAAACGGAACCAUUUUCGGACCCACCUGAAGUCGGGACAGGUUUGGUUAAUGAUAGGUAAUUGACCUAUAGAUGGCAAAAGCUCUUGUGUGUGACAAAAUAGCGUUUUAUGAUAGCAGUACGUCUCUCCAACCAUGGUCCUGGUGAGCUACCGUUCUGAGCGAAAAACUACAGGAGGGUAGCUCUCCAGGAACCGGGUUGGAGAGCCAUGCAUGACACGGUCAGUGUUAUCUGGGAUCUUUGGGACAUCCCUACCCCAUUAAAGUAGAAUUUUAAAAUGUUAGGUAAGUGCUAUGGUUGUGGUUAGGGACUUUCCAAUGAUCUCGUAUAGCGCUGACCUGCGUGAAACUGUACAUCAACCUCCUGAGCGCACGGAGACAAGUGACGCACUAACGAGUGAUUGGUAAUUGGAGCGUAUACUCCCAUUGUUAUCAAUAUACACACGUCUUGUUUUUACUUAAUAUCUACAACAGUGGAGAACAGUUAUUUAAAACCAAACAGAAAAAAACACUUUAACAAAAACAUUCGGCACGUGGAAAGAAA